AUGGUUGCGCUCACUAACGACUCUGUAGUCUACACUUUGAACAACGGCGUCAAGAUCCCAGCAAUUGGCUUGGGUACCUGGCAAGCUUCUGCUCCUGGCCAUGCCAGCAAUGCCACUAAGGUAGCUUUGCAAAAUGGCUACAGACACAUUGACACUGCUGCCAUCUACAAAAACGAAGAAGAAGUUGGUCAAGGACUCAAGGACUCUGGUCUCAAGAGAGAAGAAGUGUUCAUUACCACCAAGUUGUGGAAUGGAGACCACAAGAAUGCUGCUAAGGCUUUGGAUGAGUCGUUGAAGAAGUUGGGUGUAGACUAUGUUGAUUUGUACUUAAUCCACUGGCCUGUCUCCACUGAUCCAGCUACUGGAAAAGAUUACGAGGACUGGGACUAUGUAGACACAUGGAAGCAGUUGCAAAAGUUGUACAAGGAAACCAAAAAGGUCAGAGCUAUCGGAGUGUCCAACUUCACCAAGUCCAAGAUAGAAAGAUUGUUGGCUGAUCCAGAGGUAGAUGUUGUUCCUGCUGUCAACCAAGUUGAGGCUCAUCCCUUAUUGACCCAGCCUGAAUUGUACGACUACUUGAAGGAAAAGAACAUUGUCAUUGAAGCAUAUUCUCCUUUGGGAUCUACAGAUGCUCCAUUAUUCAAGAACGAGACGAUCGCAGCCAUUGCCAAGAAGAAUGGAGUUGAACCAGGACAUGUCUUGAUCUCGUGGGCCGUACAAAGAAAUACUGUCGUAUUGCCAAAAUCGGUCACCAACUCUAGAAUUAUCUCCAAUUUGAAGACCUUCACUCUCCCUGAAGAAGACUUUGAAGCCUUGAACAAGUUGUCUGAAAAGGAUGGUAUUCACAGAUGGGCUGACCCAUCUUGGAACGACUUCAGCACUUAG